AUGUCUACAUCCGAUAAGAUCAUCCUGUUGACCGGUGCUACGGGAUUUAUCGGCUUCCAAACGCUCCUAGAUGCCCUCGAGGCUGGAUUCCGAGUGCGAUGUGCAGUCCGCAGUGAAGCCAAAGGGGAGGCUCUCCUGUUAAAGCCAGCGUUACAAUCGUUCCUGCAAGCCCCCGACAACCAAUCACGACCCGUGGACAUUGUUGUCGUGUCAGACCAGGCUGCUCCAGGCGCCUUCCAAGAAGCUAUAGUGGGAACAAGCUACGUGAUCCAUAUUGCAUCUCCACUCCCAUCUACUCAGCCAAACGGCCACCUCGAUGCCGAGGCCAACUUCCUAGCCCCCGCUAGACGGGCGACUCUCGAAAUCCUUCAAGCCGCCGCGACAACUACCUCUAUCGAGCGCGUCGUUAUUACUAGUUCGGUCGCGGCAUUUGUGUCACCAAAGAUCUUCGUGGGAAUGGAACGCCAAGACCCACAGCAUCCCUUCACUCCCACCAGCCGGAUGCCACUAAUGACGCCACCUUUCCCGCACGCGGGUGUGGCUUACGUUGCCUCUAAGGUGGCAUCUCUUGAAGCGACCGAGACCUGGGUGAAGGAAACAAAGCCUAGGUUUAGUGUCGUUAAUAUUCACCCAUCCUGGGCUCUAGGUCGGGCCGAAUGUGCCGAUGAUAUGGGGUCCCUGUUUAAGACGACCAACUGGCUAGUUCUUGACGCCAUUGUCAAGGGCAAUAAGUCACCUUAUCCCAACAUGAUGCGUGCUAUCGUUGAUGUUCAUGAUAUUGCUCGUAUGCAGAUCCAGUCAUUACAGAAAGCAGACAUCGUGGAGCCCGGGCGUUGUCGGAGUUUCAUUGCAAGUACACCUGCCACUUACGAGGAUAUUCCGGGCAUUAUCCACAAAAACUUUGCGGAGGAUAUUCAAAAUGGUCGCGUUACUGUUUUGGGCGAGCAGACAUCGUUCCCGCUUCCUAUUGAUUCAUCAUGCACCGAGGUCACUUUUGGGUGGAAAUUUAAAGGCCUCGAAGAAAUCAUCAACGAGCUGAUCUCGCAGUACAUUGAGCUUCAAUAG